AAAAUAAAUACUGGCCACUAAAAGAGUGAAUUAAAAAGUGAAAUUGUAAAUUAAUAAAAAUGAGCCUGAGUGAAGAAAGCAGUGGGGAUGGUAUACUGGCAUCCCGUCACGUCAGUCCGGAAACAACUCACCAUGAAAAUAAUGCGAUGAACACGACUCUACUUUGUCAUAACUUCACUUUGGAGCCCGAUUUUAUUUCUUAUUUGACAGCUCUACAGCCAUAUGCAUGGGUGCUUUGGACGAGUGGCCUGGUAGUUCUUAUAUUACUAUGGACAAUAUACGCCGUCACAUUAAGAUCGGCUGUCAAGAAACGGCGCGAAUCCUCGACAAAUCUCGCCACCGUUUUGUCAGUUUAUCCUCUUGUAGCAUCAGCGGCUUACAUAGCGAUAGUAGUGCCGCGAGCAACGCUGGUGGCGGAGGCUAUAGCGCAAGAGGUGGUCAUGGUGGCAAUGUACAACUUCUUUUGCCUCAUCAUUGCGGAGUGCGGUGGCCCAAGCCAGUUCAUCAGACGCGCGGGCGAAUCUCGCUUGGAGACCCGAGUGUUGCCGUGUUGCUGCUGGCCCUGCUGUAUCAUUCCAAGACCGAAAAUUGAUAAGAGGAGUUUGACUUGGCUGCGUUGCUUGGUGCUGCAAAUACCCAUUGUACAGGGGGUACUAUACGUCAUCAUACUGGUGUUAUGGGCAGAGGACAUGAUGAUUUAUCGUCAUGUAAUAGUUUUCAUCCAAUUUUUCGUUGCCGCGUCUAUACUGUCUGGUAUGUGGGGUGUUAUAAUGUGUGUUCGGGCGGCGAACGGUAUCGGAGUUGUACUUCGGCCUAAGUUCGUUGCGCUACAAUUGGUGCUCAUCAUAGUGAAGUUGCAAUGCGGUUUGUCUAAACUGUUGUCUGAUCUUGCAAUGUUACCCUGCGUUAUGUCUCUACAUCCAACAGUUUUGGUGAAUGUCACACAAUACACGAUAACAAUAUUCGAAAUGUUACUUCUAUCGAUUUGGGCUUGGCGUUUAUAUGGAGCGGCAGAAACGAAAUCCCUUAAUAAAGUUCAAAAGGUUGUUGUCGCUGUUUUGGAGGAAGGCACAGGAGUUUUGGACGGCAAGCAAAGAAAAGAAGGCGUAGAUAAUAAAUCUUUUAACAUCACAGAUAAUAAAUGCGAAGACAAAGUGUAAUCUAGUUUUUUUUUAUUUAAUUUUUAUAUUGGUGUUUUUACGUAGAUUAUUGUUAAGCUUUGUACCAGUCGAGUACCAGUGACUGCAUAUUUUUGUAACGCCUAAGAAAGAGUUGCUAAAUUAAAAAAUUUUUUGUAUUACUAGCUUCUAUUUUACAGCGGCUGUUCCAAAGCAGUAGUUAAAAUUAUAUGUUUUUUUUAGUUUCGCCUGUAUUAUUCAGUGUCGUAUUGAUUAGGUUUGAUUUGAAAGGUAGAAGUAAAAACUUGUAACUUUGUGACGAUUGUUGUUUUGUGUGUGUUAUUGCAAAAAAGAAUUGUAUCUUACGAUUACAUUUUAUCUAAAUACGUACAACGUAACGUAAU